AAUCUCCCUGGUGCAUUUGAUGCCCAUGGACCCCACUUUGCACUGCGGUUUCAUCUGCUAGCCAUUACAUAGCUGCUGGGACACAGACAUCCAACACACCGGAGAGAUGUGAUUGCUGACCGUUAUUCAGCCGGUAUAGCUCUGCAAGAGGAUGAAGACUUCUAGGGGUUGUAAAGAAAUUUCAACCCCGCUCACAAAAGGAGACCCUGAAAAGGCUGCAUACAAUGAUAAACAAGAAAUUUCAACCCCGCUCACAAAAGGAGACCCUGAAAAGGCUGCAUACAAUGAUAAACAAGGAUUUCCAAUCUCCUUCACAAAUGGAGUCACUGAAAAGGCUGCAUGUUACAAUAUACAAGGAAUAUGGCAGAAGCUGUGGUCCAUUAAGGUUCGCCUGGUGCCAUUUCUUAUCAUAGCAAUAAUACUGGCAAUAAGUAUUCCUGUAGUUGCUGUAGUUGCGUAUAGAAGUGGAGAGACAGCUACAACAGGAAAAGAGAAGCCUAUAUUUAAAGAUAGAUAUGCUGAAUGCAUGGCUAACUGGACCCAUUAUAAGGACAAAUGUUACUUUUUCUCAAAAGACGAUAAUACGUGGGAUAACAGCCAGAACUUCUGCCAAGUACGAAAUUCAUCACUGGUCAUUAUUGAUAGUGAAAAGGAACUGAGUGUAAUAAAUCACCACAGAUGUAAUGACAAUUAUUGGAUUGGACUGAGCAGGACACAAGAUAACUCAGGCUGGGUCUGGACCAAUAAAACACUGUACUCAGAAACAUUCUUUAACAUUACAAGAUUGAAGAUAUCCAGUGGUCAUUCAGAGCAUGUCUUCCUGAAUCAUGACGAUGUUAAAAGUGGAAGUGGAGAAGAACUAUACAAGUGGAUUUGUUACAAGAAGCUGGAAUGAUUUGCGUACCUUUGAACCAAUGUUAAUUUUGUCAGCAAAUUUCACAAGACUAAAACUAAAACAACAAACAUUUGAGACCUGGUUCUCAAUGUUUCUGACAACAAAACGUAUUGUCGGAAAUUUCGAGUGUGUGUACACAAUUCUGAUGCACAAAAUUCCAUGCAU